GUACACACAGAUAAAAUUAUUCCGUAGUAAGCGCUGUCUUCAGGCAUCAUUUAUUAAUUUUCAAACUGGUGCGAAAAAUACUUUCAUGUCAAUACUUGCUCGUACACGAUUAUAUCGUUUUAUUCGCGCGUUUCAUAUUCCGAUAAAAUAUUUAUGAGAAAAUCAAUAUUCUACUUUGAUUUUAUUUAUUAGAAGAAUAGUCGUUAUCUCUAACCUAAAGCCUGCUGUAUCCAGACGAUUUGGAAGGUGAAUCUACUGACAUGUUACAUUCGGAGGAUCUUAGUGAGCAAGAAUUAGAGACAUUGAGAGGCGAUGCCAUAGGCAACAACCUCUGCAGCAGCAAAUGGAUAAUCAAUACUUUGAUGUCUCUAUGUGAGAUACAUGAAAAUGGUUGGACAGAAGAGCUAGAAAAUCAGCUUUGUAUUUUGUGGGACUUGAGUAUGGAAGAGGAUGUAGUAUCGUAUCUUAUGUCACAUGAUUUUCUAAAAAUAGCAAAGAACAUAUUGGAGAUUUAUGAUCAACCACGAUUGAUUGAAAUAAUUUUAGGUAUCAUUGGAAAUAUAUGUUGUAGCAAUGAAAUAAUUGAUACAAUAGGCUAUGAUAGAGAUCUUGUUACACAGAUUCUGAGUCGCUUGACAUCUGAUGACACGCCAAUAUUAAUUCAACUUCUCAGAAUUUUACAAUUAAUUGCAUGCAAAAUUCGAGGAAAUCCUCAAUCAAAUUGGGUGGCACAUUUUAUGGAAUGUGAAUUUUUUGGAGAUUCCAUAAUUUUCAUAUUAAAUAGUUCUACCAUUGAUGACUUAUUAAUGGCAGUAAUGAAUUUCCUCGAGUCUAUAUCUCAUAUAAGUUUGCCACAUAAAGACAAUUUCUUGAAAAUAUUGUUCAAGAUGGACAAUUUGAUUCAUGCAUUGUUAGAAUCAUUCAUGCAAGUUAUAUCAGUGGAAAAACUCAGUUAUUCCAAGGCAGAAAUGAUGUUUAUUGAACAUUGGUUGAAAGUAUUAAUUGUCAUAAUAGAAUUAGGCUUACUUAAAUUUGAGGACUUUGAAAAUGACGAAAAAUUUUCGAAAUUAAUGGAUAUUAUGUAUAGGAUAUUAAAAUCCUAUAAAGAAUCACAUAAUUUAUUUCCAAUCCGGGAAUUAAAUGCUAACGUAAUUAAUGAAACUAUGCGUAUAUUAUUAAGUUUUCAUUGCUGUGAUGUAGAUAUCCCAUCAAAAAUAGAUUACUUAAUAGUGACUAUAAUUUAUUACCUUAAAAAAGAUUCAGAUAUAGGACAAGAAGAGCUAGAUCCAGAAGAGCGAAUGAUCAUGCUUUCACAUAAUCUGAAUCAAUACUGGUUGCAGAUUAUUGAACUUUGUACCAGUGAUUAUAUCGCAGAAAUAUUCCAUCAAUGCAAACACGAAGUUCGUGAAUAUUUAAUAGAUCUUGUGCAGUCUGAAUCUAAAGUGACACCUGCGGUACUUGAAAAAGUAAAAAAAGCUGCUGAUAAAAAUUGUGAAAGAUUUUCUAAUGUAUAAUAUGUAAGACAGAAAGUAAAUGUCUUUAUUUUUGUACAAA